UGUUGCGAAGGGAACGAGUCCGGUGUAGGACGUGGGGCCUUUGUAGCCCAGCUGGUUCCGGCAGGGGAAAAUGGCGGUGGCUGGGGCGGCAUCCGGGGACGCGCUGGUGCACUGGUGUACCCAGCAGUUGAGGAAAACUUUCGGCCUGGAUGUCAGCGAGGAGAUCAUUCAGUAUGUUUUGUCAAUUGAGAGUGCUGAAGAAAUACGGGAAUAUGUUACUGACCUCCUCCAAGGAAAUGAGGACAAAAAAGGUCAAUUCAUCGAAGAGCUUAUAACCAAAUGGCAAAAGAAUGAUCAGGAGCUGAUUUCUGAACCUUUGCAGCAGUGCCUCAAAAAAGAUGAAAUUUUAGAUGGGCAGAGAUCGGGAGACCAUCUAAAGCGGAGUAGGCGAAAAGGAAGAAACAAACAGGAAGUUCCUGCAUUUCCUGAACUUGACACAACUGUAGAGGUCGUUAAAACACCUUUUGAUUUGGCCAAGGCACAGGAGAACAGCAACUCCGUAAAGAAGAAGACAAAGUUUGUCAGUUUAUACACAAGAGAGGGGCAGGACAGGCUUGCGGUCCUGCUUCCUGGUCGCCACCCUUGUGAUUGCCUGGGUCAGAAGCACAAGCUCAUCAAUAACUGUCUGAUCUGUGGGCGGAUUGUCUGUGAACAAGAGGGUUCUGGCCCCUGCUUAUUCUGUGGCUCUCUGGUAUGUACUCCUGAAGAACAGGAUAUUUUACAGCGCGACUCAAACAAGAGCCAGAAACUGCUAAAGAAACUCCUGUCAGGGACAGAGAAUCCUGGAAAGGUGGACAUCUCUGUCAAGGAUCUUCUUCCUCAUCAAGAAUUGCGAAUGAAGUCUGGUCUGGAGAAGGCUAUCAAGCAUAAAGACAAGCUGUUGGAGUUUGACAGAACUAGCAUUCGAAGGACCCAAGUCAUUGAUGAUGAAUCAGAUUACUUUGCCAGUGAUUCUAACCAAUGGUUGUCCAAAAUUGAGCGGGAAACCCUGCAGAAGCGAGAGGAGGAGCUGAGAGAACUUCGACAUGCCUCCCGACUCACUAAGAAGAUCACCAUUGAUUUUGCAGGCAGGAAGAUCCUGGAAGAAGAAGAUCCCUUAGCAGAGUAUCACAGCAGACUAGAUGAGACAAUACAGGCCAUUGCCAAUGGAACCUUGAACCAACCACUGACCAAAUUGGAUAGAUCUUCUGAAGAGCCUUUGGGAGUUCUGGUAAACCCCAACCUGUACCAGCCUCCUCCUCAGUGGGUAGACCACACAGGUGCAUCCUCACAGAAGAAGACUUUCCAUCCAUCAGGAUUUAACUCGUAUCAGCACCACUUGCGAAUCCAGGAUCAAGAAUUUCAGGAAGGCUUUGAUGGUGGCUGGUGCCUCUCUAUGCAUCAGCCAUGGGCUUCUCUGCUUGUCAGAGGGAUAAAAAGGGUGGAGGGCAGAUCCUGGUACACUCCCCACAGAGGACGACUUUGGAUAGCAGCCACAGCCAAAAAACCAUCCCCUCAGGAAGUCUCAGAACUUCAGGCUACAUAUCGUCUUCUUCGUGGGAAAGAUGUGGAAUUUCCCAACGACUAUCCAUCAGGUUGUCUUCUAGGCUGUGUGGACCUAAUUGACUGCUUAUCUCAGAAGCAAUUUAAGGAGAAGUUUCCAGACAUCAGUCAAGAAUCUGAUUCUCCAUUUGUUUUCAUCUGCAAAAAUCCCCAGGAAAUGAUUGUGAAGUUUCCUAUUAAAGGAAAUCCAAAAAUCUGGAAACUGGAUUCCAAGAUCCAUCAAGGAGCAAAGAAGGGGUUAAUGAAGCAGAAUAAAGCUGUCUGACCCAGGAGAAAAGGAGCUAUACAGCAUAGUGGAGUUCUGUGUACUGAAUCUGCUAUCCCCCGGUCCGCUGGAAUUGAAGCAGCAGACAUCUAAAGCUUGGCAUCAGGCUUAAAUCUCUCAGAAUUUAAACUCUUACAAAAUCUGAAUAUUUUUCUUAAAACAUGGGGUUCUUAUAAUUAUGUAAAUGGGUCAAAAUGUUUGAAUAUAUUAUGU